GAGCAGGAAACACGCACCACGCGGAGCAGUUUACAUCGGUUUAACUCGUAAAUAUCCGUACAGCUAGAGAGUCCCGCGCGCUGCUGAAGUUUAUGAAUGAAAAUCUCCGGAAUCGACAAGACGUGGAAGCUUUUUCACGGUUUCCUCAACGUAUUUGGACUUUUUGUUUGGUUCAGCUGGUUUAAACGUAACUCUUCUAUUUUUCCUCACUAGUUUUUUGUUUGUUUGUUUUUUACAACAACAGCCGUGUUGCAAUAGAGAUAUUCGGCUUUGCGAUUUGUUGUGAUUCGUUCCAUCGUGGGAAUCUUUUAUUCGCGUUUCGCGUGAUUGGACGUUUUCUUCUCGGCUUGUUUUUGGAAUAAUGCUUUACCAAGCUAAAUAACUCCCACAAGAAAAAGUACACAUUCACACAACUCACUGUAAAAUCCAGAUCAUCUGUGAGUGAAAAAGGUAGCUCUAUGCUGGUGUUGAUGACCCAGUAAUGCCCACAGCUGUGUGAAUGAGCUGUCUCAGCCCACACUCCUCGCCCAGCUUCAGUGGUAUGGCUUCUCUCAGGAUGGUGAUGUCAUGGCAUUUACUUCUCCUGUGGGUUAUUCUCGCUCAGAUACCCUGGGCCCACUCACGUCCUGCUGUGACUGACCAAGGUCAUGCAGUAGCAUCUUCAGAGGACGAAGAUGACGAUGAGUCAUCAUCGGAAGAAAACAAGCCCUCAAGCAGCCAGGAGCUCUUACCGAUGGCACCCCACUGGGCCCAACCUGAAAAGAUGGAAAAAAAGCUUCAUGCCGUACCAGCCAGCAAAACAGUCAAAUUCCGUUGUCAAGCUGAGGGAAAUCCGACCCCUAAACUCCGCUGGCUCAAGAAUGGGAAAGAGUUCAAAAGGGACCAGCGCAUCGGGGGCUACAAGUUGCGUGAACACAUGUGGACUAUAAUCAUGGAGUCAGUGGUACCCUCAGACAAGGGUAACUAUACCUGCCUGGUGGAGAAUGACUACGGAAGCAUCAAUCACACCUAUCAGCUGGAUGUAGUGGAGCGAUCUCCACAUAGACCCAUCCUGUACGCUGGUCUCCCUGCAAACCGGACAGCUGUCAUCGGUAGUGACGUAGAGUUUGUAUGUAAGGUGUUCAGCGACCCCCAGCCUCAUAUCCAGUGGCUCAAACACAUGGUGGUGAACGGAAGCCAACACGGACCUGACGGACUACCUUACGUACGCAUUCUCAAGACCGCUGGCCUAAACACCACCGACAAGGAGAUGGAGGUGCUCCAGUUGAGGAAUGUGUCCUUUGAGGAUGCUGGGGAGUACACUUGCCUGGCGGGCAAUUCUAUCGGGGUCUCCUAUCAGUCAGCAUGGUUGACCGUUGUCAAAGCGUCCACAAAUCCAUCUGCAGUGCCCAGUCAGUCCUACCUGGAGGUGUUAAUUUACUGCGUUGGAUUCUUCCUCAUCUUCCUCAUGGUGGGAAUCGCCACCAUUAUAAAAGUUCGCAGCUCCUACAAGAAGAACGACUUCAAAAGCCAGCUGGCCGUCCAUAAGCUGGCUAAAAGUAUUCCUCUCCGGAGACAGGUGUCAGUGGAAUCCAGUGGUUCUCUGAACUCUGGUGUGAUGUUGGUCAGACCUUCACGGCUCUCCUCCAGUGGGACCCCAAUGUUGUCAGGAGUCUCAGAGUACGAACUGCCCCACGACCCGAGCUGGGAGGUGCCCAGAGAUAGGCUAGUUCUUGGAAAACCUCUGGGAGAGGGCUGCUUUGGCCUGGUGGUGAUGGGCGAAGCCAUCGGAGUGGACAAAGACAAGCCCAACCGUGUGACAAAAGUAGCUGUGAAGAUGCUUAAAUCUGACGCCACCGAGAAGGACCUGUCUGACCUCAUCUCAGAGAUGGAGAUGAUGAAGAUGAUUGGAAAACACAAGAACAUCAUCAACCUGGUCGGAGCUUGUACUCAAGAUGGCCCUCUUUAUGUCAUUGUGGAAUACGCUUCUAAAGGAAACCUGCGGGAAUUCCUGCGUGCCCGCCGGCCGCAUGGCAUGGAGUACUGUUACAAUCCUGACCAGGUGCAUGUGGAGAGUAUGUCCAUCAAAGACUUGGUCUCCUGUGCUUACCAGGUGGCUCGUGGCAUGGAGUACUUGGCAUCCAGAAAAUGUAUCCACAGAGACUUGGCCGCUCGUAAUGUACUUGUAACAGAGGACAAUGUAAUGAAGAUAGCAGACUUUGGUCUGGCUCGGGAUGUUCAUCACAUAGAUUACUACAAAAAGACCACAAAUGGUCGACUUCCUGUGAAAUGGAUGGCACCUGAAGCUUUGUUCGACAGAAUUUACACGCAUCAAAGUGAUGUGUGGUCUUUUGGGGUUCUUCUGUGGGAGAUCUUCACCCUCGGGGGCUCGCCUUAUCCUGGAGUGCCUGUGGAAGAGCUCUUCAAGCUACUGCGAGAAGGUCACCGCAUGGACAGACCCUCCAUCUGCACUCAAGAGCUAUACCUGAUGAUGAAAGACUGCUGGAAUGCUGUUCCCACACAUAGGCCGACUUUUAAACAGCUGGUAGAGGACCUUGAUCGCACCUUGUCCAUGAUAUCCAAUCAGGAAUAUCUGGACCUCUCUGUGCCCCUGGACCCUAUCUACACUCAGGUCAUCCUGAAUGAACGAAGCUCCACCUGCUCAUCCGAACCAGACUCGGUCUUCUUACGAGAGUCUGAACCAGAAGAUCCCUGCAUUCCCCUGUCAGUUCCCUCUCAACACACAAUCCGUUCCUUCAAAAAAUGCUGAUGGCAGAAAGCAUGUGGACCUCAGUCUCAAGAGUAUAUCUGUCUCCCUUUCUGCUUCCCUUUACGCGUAAACUCUACAGGCUUAGAGACUAAGAAGUUCAGCCAGGGCCUUUAUAGCACAGAUACACAAGCAGGAAGUGACAUUUCACACCUGUAGACUCUCAAAAUCAAGACUGAUUAGAACUGCACAGGAGCCUUGGGAUGGCCUUCAAUGGGUUGGCGUUUUGUUGAACUUUUACCUCUGUUUGUCCCUGAUGUUCUUCAAAGGCCUUGAUGUUCGGGAAUAAGAUGUUUCAAAAGCAUCAUCGAAAGGUUUUGUUCAGCAGUGAACUCAAUGUGGUGAUUGUGAAGAAAUAAUUGCAAGUGCUACUCAGUCGAGUAUGCUGCCUUUUAAGGUGGUUAAACUGUACAAAUAUAAAAUUCUAUAAACACUUUUGUUUUAUAUACUAUUAUUAUUUUUGUAUGAGCUUGUUCAUUCCCUACUCUGUUUAAAGGUGACGUGUAAUUUCGGAAUUUUCAAAAAUAAUGUUUUCAUACAGGUUUCCGGAUUACUCCGCCUGCCAUUGGGUGGAUAAAACAUAUGGUCGGUAUACUCAAACAAACAGAGCAAUGUUUGGAAAGUACCACAGUGUUUAAACUUGGGGGAGUCAACCUACUAAUGUCUUACAUUUAAUGUCUAAAAAUAUAACACGUCAUCUAUAAGAAACAAUCUGUUACACAGAUUUAUGGGAUAGUUGCUAUGUGUUGAGAUAAGCUACAAAUGAAAUCUGUUACUCAUCGCUUGCUGUUACGGUCGUAAGUUACGUAUACAGUUUGUCUGGUGUUGUCCUGUUGCACAAUAUUCCGGUAGUGUGAAUGAAUGUUUAUAAAUUGUUUAUAUUGCCUGGUUUUGAUACAAUUGGUGGAAUACAGUUAUCUGUUUAGUGCCAGCUGGGGGUUUGACAAUCUCUUGGUACGAUCCACCAGUUGUAGCCCAUUUAAUAUCGUUCAGGCCAGUUUCAAAACAUAGUAUGUCUGUAGUUCUCUGUGUGUCAUUUUCUCGUAGAAUCUCAAACGACAGGGUUUAAAUGAUGAGGAAUUUGUAAAAAAAAUAAAAUAAUUAUAAAAAUAUUAGGAACGUUUGGAAGAGAAAAGACAAAUGAGUUCUCUAAUAGAAUUUCAAUGCUUGUGUGAUUGUUUUUCUAUGUUAUGAUGUGAAUUUUGAGGCAGUGGCCAUGCACUUAUAUUCUGGCUAUCUAUGAGCUGACUGAUAUUGCCUUCUUGUGGGAAUAUAAAUAAAAAUGUUAUGUAUAUAAAAAUUAUCUGAAGCAUUGGUGGAUUUUUAAAACUGAGUAUG